AUGGUUAGCGAUCUGAGCGCAGAUACUGAAAGGCGCCAGAGCUACACUGCUACACAAGAACCAAAUGAGCAGGACCUAGAUUAUGAUAACACCGACCCUAUACUGCCGCCUAGCUCACCAUUUCAGUAUGAGGCUAGGGAUGAUACAGUCGACUUCCAGAUGCUCCGGAGCCAACAAUUGUCUACGACCCCCAGGAAACGGUCCUACGAACAUGUACCUGAGGACGAUGCGUUAGACGAUAGAUACAGGAAAGGCACUGCUCGAAGAGAUAUGCCGAACAUCAGUGUCUAUACCGAUGAGGACGCCAGCAUCAAUAAUGAACAAAGCAGCAGAGAAACUGCUGGACUAGAGAUUGGAAACAGCCUAAUGGAAGAAAAGCACAACGAAGGAAUGAGCACAGUGAUCCACGAGAACAAUGGAAAUGAUGCCUCAAACGAAAAGGAGGGUGCGAGCCUGCACGAAGAUGAUGAUAUGAUUGACGACACAAACGAUUCCAUGGAUGAAACAUGCCUCAGCACGUUUUCCGCUGUUACCAAUGUGGACAUGACAUCAUUCGCACAUCUGCGGGGCGACUCACCGUUCAAGGCUAGACAACCCCUUCCGAGUAGCCCUAGUAAGCUACAAGGUGAUCUGGACGAAAAGGGUGAACCGGGGACUCCUACCACUGCUAGAAAAUCCCCCAGAGUAAGCGGCUUGGUUGAUUUCGGCUCACCCACGCCUAGAAAAAGAGAUGCAAGAGUUAGCAUAAAUCCAACCGAGACUCCCAACUUGCUUGACUUGUCAGACCAGCCCAGCUUUUUCCCGCACAAACGCUACAGCAUGCAAAAUGAGCGUUACUCUCCGUCACGGCGUUCGCCAUUAAGGACUGUCCAGGAAUCAACCAAGUCUCCUGCAAAAGUGUCAUUACUCGACUUUGAUCUCCCUGCUGCUCCAACCCCCCGGUCCAUCCCUUCCGUGACACCACGGGAGCUCGAGUCCCUGAAGUCCGGUUUUCUUUCAGAGAUUUCUUCUCUCAAAGCCACGCUAAGUGGCAAGGAGGCGGAAGUUGCUAGUCUUAAGCAGGCUGUUGCAGACGCCGAACGGCGUGUUGGAGAGACAUCAGAGGAGGUUCGGAAUGAAGCUGCCCGGAGGGAGACCCUAGAAAUCGAACAAGCUGAGUGGCAGAGAAGAGGUCAGGAGAUGGAAGAUGUCUUGCAAUCUGUCAAGGCUGAAAUGAUGGAAGGUGAACAGGAGAGAGAACAGUUGAUGAGACGAGCCGAGGAAAUGGAGAAGAGCAAGGAGCAGUUAGAAAGCAGGGUGGUUGAACUAGAGACACAGUUGAGCUCGGCUCGCAAACCAGCGUUGAACGACAAGUAUGCCUCUGAACGUGCGCAAAUCGGCAAAACUGCCGAGGAAACGGCGAAGGAAGUUCAAGAUGCCGUAGAGAAGGUUGCCCGCGAACUUCACACGCUGUAUAAGAGCAAACAUGAGACCAAGGUUGCUGCCUUGAAGAAAAGCUAUGAGGCACGUUGGGAUAAACGACUGCGAGAAGCUGAGAACAAAUUAAAAUCAGCUUAUGAAGACAAUGAGCGACUCAAGGUUGAGCGGGAUGCAGCUCUUUCGGAAGUCUCCCAGCCUGAUCUCAGCAUCAUCACGCAGAAGGACGAGCAUGAAGCAGAGAAACGUGUCCUAGAGGCUCAAAUCAAGGGUCUACAGCACGAGUUGAGUGCGCUCAAAGAUGACAGUGAGCGAUUGCACCAUGAGCUGAAAAUCGAACGGGCUGAGAAAGGCGAGCUUGUCGCUGCUGUAGAUGAGUGGUUAGCAAUCCAGCAGAAUCAGUCGUCAACCCAGGAUGACCUCCAGUCCCCAAGACCGCAGGCGGAUAAUUCUCCCGAGCCAACGCAAGUUGAUGUUGCGUCGGAGGACUUCAGACGAAGCAUUAGCCGCAGUAGUUCAAGCAGCAUACGUCCCCCGAGCACGGCGUCUAGCAACGGUGAAAAGAAGAUACCAAGGAUUCCAGCACCGGGGAACCGGCAGGCUCGCGGGAAUAGUGGAGGAAAGUCUGGGAUUGCUGUCUUCACUCCAGGUCGCAGUGGUAUCAUGGGCUCGAUAGAGCGAAUGGGUCGUGGUGGUGUGUGA